UCGGGGAGCGCGAGUGCGAGGAAGGAAGGAGAGAGAGAGAGAGAGAGAAAGGAAAUAGAGAAAGAUCCGCUCCUGCCGUAGGUGGUGCCCCUUGUAGUGAAGGGCCGCGCAGGGUGAUUGACACUUAAAAAAAAAAAAAACCCGAAGGACACGGUGCUUCCUCCUGAGUGUCUGGUGCGAAGGAGGGACGAGUGCACGCUGAAGGACUACUCCGAGUGAUAGCUCUUCGGGGGAGGAAAACGCCCAAGAGCUCUGGUUAACAUACCCCCGUCGACGCCUCCUUCAGCGCCGUCGCCAAACCGGAAUCAUGAAGGUGUUCGUCCUGGCGGCCGUGGUGGCAGCCGUGGCGUCGCUCCCGCAGUCCGGCCCCGAGCACGUGAUCCAGGAGCGCUCGUACCCCGCCCCCGUCUACGCCCCUCCCCCUCCCCCUCCCCCUCCGUCCAAGGGGAAGGGAGGAGGCGGCAAGGGCGGCUUCUUCGACUUCGACAUCUUCAAGGGCAUCAAGGACCUGUUCAGCUUCGGGAAGGGCAAGGGCGGCGGCCAGGAGUACCACCCCGCCCCGCUUCCUGCCUACGGCCCGCCCCGCGCCCUGCCUACGGGCCUCCCCUCCCCCUCCCAAGGGCAGCUACGGCCCUCCCCCCCCCAAGGCCCCAUUCCUGGGCAAGGGCAAGGGCCAGGGAGGUAAGGGUAAGGGCUCUCACGGGCCGCCCCCUCUCCCCAUCGCCCCCCCUAAGGGUCAUUAUGGCCCCCCACCCCCCGCUCCCCAAGGGAAAUUAUGGU